AAAGUACUCAGGCGGCUAGUUGCCUGUCUAGUCUAUCCCUGUCAACAAUACUGCAACCUGAGACGGGAUAGCCAGCCAGCCAGUUGGCUAGCUAAGUAAACCAGCUAAGUUAGCUGCUCUGCUAACCAACUGUCACGACUCGUAAUUUUUCCCUUAAGUUGGCGGGAUACACUGUGUUAGAAGUUGUUUCGACAAGCGUGGAGGGAAAGCUGACUUUACGGUUUGGCUCUUUCGACUCCUUCCUCCCGUGUGAUAUGACAUCACGACUCGGUUACAAGAGAAGCUCGAGCUCAACAGCAGACGGUUGACAUCUGGUCAGGUGCCGUUCAAAAGGAUGGCUGCUCAGGUGGAGGUUCACACUACGGAGGUAGGAAGGACAGUAGCAGGAGGACGACAUCACCUGACUCCCCUCACAGACUCCAGCAAUAAGAGCCUCAUUGACAUCCCGUCUGUCAAUCAGCCGCAUGUCAUCGCAGCUGAACCAAACAAACCUGCCCCAAGCGCCAAGCCACGGCUUACUCCCAAACCUUUUUCUGUGGAGAAAAAUCCUACAAUUAAGCCCAUACUCGCCCCAAAGCCUCAAACCAAACCCCGACCUGAGUCCACUCGCCUUGUUGGAUACAAACCAGAGUUUCCAAGCAAUCCAAAACCACAGCAGCCGGUUUCCAGCAGCAAACCCAGACCACUUUUAACCAACCCCAACCGUCCUGCCUCUACCUCCUUUCGAUCACCCACUAAGUUGAACACUGGACAGACAACAAAGCCAGUAGCCCAGCCAUUUAAACCAGCUCCUCCUCAUGACACUGGAGACCCUAACAGACCCACCCCUCCUCCUGUGCCAGCACAGAGGCAGAAACCCUCAGCAUCAAGCUUGGCCUACUCAAAGAGCUUUAAAAAACUUCCAGCAGCAGAGUGGUCUGGAACCACUAAAAAAGAAGAUGAAAAAGGCCACGAUGCACAAGGUAAAGUUGGUACCUCCCUUACUAGAGCAAAGUCCAUGGGCUUUCUUCUUGAUGCAGGGCAAGAAAAUGAAGGAAAAGAAAAGGCUCAGCCUGAAACACCUGUGCCUCUGCGACCACAUCCUAGAGGCACCAAGCCCAGACCUGUAUCAGCCAUUUUCCCCGGCAGUCCAACAAAGAUGGAGAACCCGGUUCCUGCUCCUCGCUGGGCUGGGAGACGACCCCUUUCAGCUGAUCUCACUUCCAAAUUUGAGUCUAUUGGUCUUUCACUGCACCGCAAAGUUCCUGAAGCAAAUACAGUAGACAACACUCCAGAGGGAAAAGCACUACCACAAAGCAAAGAGGAAGAUAAAACCUUUAUGAGUACCACACCACAAAGUACUGAUGAUGUAUGUAAUCCCAUCCUCUCAGACCAAAGCAACAAAAACAAAGAAGAAAUGGCUGGGAAAGAGACCGAUGAAGACAAGCGCAGGGUUAGCGUCAAGUCGCGAAUAAGUCUUUUGCUCGAUUUGCCGUCUUCUCCUGGGGUAGCUGCCACCGGCCAUGGUUCAGAUCUUCACUCUCCAUUGCAGCCAACCCCUGAAGGUGAACCAGCAGUGGGUGUUAAACAGCUCAUCAAGCAGCUGACAGAGGACACAACACCGACUCAGAGCCCUGUCCUUAAACCAGCACUGAAGCCCCGUCCCUUGCCCCUUGACCUAACCAAAAGGUUUUCAGCUGAGAGGUCACCUGACCCUGUUUCCCUCACUGAGACAGAGGACCAUCAUUACAUCAGCAAAGAUCCUCAGAAGAGGGCUGAAGAGUCGGCUAUCACUCCCAGUGACCAGAAGACAUUUUUGGAUUUAAAAGAUUCCCAAGAGCAGCUCAAAAAGGUCUCCACGCCUGAAGGGCCUGAAGCAGGACAGACGUUUGGUGCUGUUUCCAAGGAAAUUGGUGCAGGCAGUGGAGUCCAAACGGUGCGAGCAUCCUUGUUUGAUAAUGUCGUGGAGAGGCACAGCGUGGUGUUGAUGGAUGAUGGCUCAUCUGUUGACACGGCCAAGGAUUUGCUCAGCAGCACGUCUCCAUUUGAUAGAACAGUUACUGAAAAUAACGGGGCUCCAGUCACAGCUAACUACAGCCAGCCUUUAUCGCCAUCAUGUCUUCAGCCCGUAUUACAUGCCUUUGACACAGUGCAGGCUGUCGAAGAGAGUCGGGCAGUGAGUGAGAGCGUCCCAUCAGCUCAGUGGGAGGAUAAGGCCAUGACCCUCCGUUCCAGACGCUCAGAAGGGAGCAGGCCUCUACCAGAAUGGACCAGUCCUGCACAAGAACAGCCACCUUUGGCACCUUUGAUGCCUCAAACACAGCCACGAUAUCUGAGGAUAGGAGCCUUACAGAAGUGGACAACUUCAGGUCUCGACCAAGACGUAGAUAUGGAAACGGGGAUGCUAAAGGAAUCACAAAGGGAGGGACAAGUGACUUUAGAUAAAGACAAGGAGAGACAAAGAGUGGCAGAACAAGAAGAAGUGGCGGCAGCACCUAAACGCUUGAAGAUGCUGCAGGCAGACGAAAUGGCAAAACCCAAGGCAACCUACUUUGCUUUAACCGGACAAAUACAGGAGCCAGUUUCUCUCGGGGGUGCAGGGACAAACACUGGGGACAUGACUAGCCCCUCUGAUGAUUUCUUAGGGAUUUCUCUCCUGAGUGGCCCUCAAGGGAAGAGUCUUCCAGUAAGGGGGAGCCAGUCUUUAAAUGAUGAUCCUUUUGGAAAAACAACUCCAUCGCAAGAGCAAGUUGAAGAUUUGAUGAUAAGAAGCCACAAGUCACCCAGGGAGAGCAGUUUAGCCUUAGAUGGACAGAGUAAAGAGGAAAGGCUAGAAGCUGAAAAGAAAAGGGAGCAAAGGAAGGAGAAAGAAAGGCACAGGACUAAGAUAAAAGAAAUUGAAAGGGAAAAACAGACACAGCUGGAAAUGGAGAAACUAGCACAUUUAGAAUUUACACGAAUGAAGGAGAGGGAGAUGCAAAGAGAAUUUGAAAGGCAAAGACAGAAGUCAUUUGAAAAGGAGAAACAAGAAUUUGAGGAGAAACAGCGUGCCCUGGAAAGGCAGAAACAGACUGAGCUUGAGAAAGUGCAAGAAUUGGAGGAGAAACAGAGACUUGAAAGAGAGAAGCAGAGGAAACUUGAGAAAGAAAAAAGGCGAGAACUAGAGAGACAAAGGGAGAGAGAGCAACACCAAAAACAAAAGGAGGAAGCGCGGCUAAAACAGUUAGAGAGACUGCAGCUCUUAGACCUUCAAAGACAGAAGCAGAAAGAAAAGGAAAUCCAGCAGCUAAAAGAAAAAAAGGAAAAAGAAGAGGCAGACAAGAUGAGACAGAUCGCAUUAGAGCAAGAAAUGUUAAGAGUAAAAGAGCUUGAAAAAGAGCGGGAAAGAGAAAAGGAGAUGGAGAAGGAGCGUCAGAAAGAGAUACAGAGGGAGCUGGAGAAACGGAGACAACAAGAUUUAGAAAGGGAGAGACAGAGGCAGCUAGACAUUGAGCAACAGGAACUGGAGAAGGAAAGGAAGAGGAAGGAGGAUGUAGAGAGACUUAAAGAGCUGGAGAGAUUACAGCUCUUGGAGUUUGAAAAGCAAAAACAGGCAGAGAGGGAGAGACAACAAAUUCAGGAGCUCGAAAAACAGAGGCAACUAGACAUUGAGCGACAGAAAUUAGAAAACCAGAGGCUGAGACAACAGGAACUGGAGAAGGAAAGGAAGAGGAAGGAGGAUGUAGAGAGACUUAAAGAGCUUGAGAGAUUACAGCUCUUGGAGUUUGAAAAGCAAAAACAGGCAGAGAGUAAGACACAACAAAUUCAGGAGCUCGAAAAACAGAGGCAACUAGACAUUGAGCGACAGAAAUUAGAAAACCAGAGGCUGAGACAACAGGAACUGGAGAAGGAAAGGAAGAGGAAGGAGGAUGUAGACAGACUUAAAGAGCUUGAGAGAUUACAGCUCCUGGAGUUUGAAAAGCAAAAGCAGGUAGAGAGGGAAAGACAACAAUUUCAGGAGCUUGAGAAACAGAGGCAACUAGACAUUGAGCGACAGGAAUUAGAAAACCAGAGGCUGAGACAACAGGAACUGGAGAAGGAAAGGAAGAGGAAGGAGGAUGUUGAGAGACUUAAAGAGCUGGAGAGAUUACAGCUCCUGGAGUUUGAAAAGCAAAAACAGGCAGAGAGGGAGAGACAACAAAUUCAGGAGCUCGAAAAACAGAGGCAACUAGACAUUGAGCGACAGAAAUUAGAAAACCAGAGGCUGAGACAACAGGAACUGGAGAAGGAAAGGAAGAGGAAGGAGGAUGUUGAGAGACUUAAAGAGCUUGAGAGAUUACAGCUCUUGGAGUACGAAAAGCAAAAGCAGGCAGAGAGGGAAAGACAACAAAUUGCGGAGUUUGAGAAACACAGACUGAGGGAAAAGAUGGAAAGGGAGGAGGCAGAACGGAUGCGAGUCAUAGCCAAGCAACAAGAAGCAGAGAGACAGCGACUAAAAGAGAAGCAGAAAAAAGAGGAGCAAGAGAGGCUAAAGUUGGAGCCAUCACCUCUGAAACCCAAAGUUCUUGAUCUGGACUCUGUGCUCAGAAAUGAACCAAUGUCUAAGUCUACUUCUCAACGCAGCGAUGCUGCAACCCGCUGGAAGGAGCCUUACAAGCCUACCAUUCUUGACAUAGACUCCUUUACAUCUCAAGCUCAGCUCUCCUCUAAUAAUGACUUGUUUCCUUCAUUGGGAAUGCAGGGACUAAAUGCUGACUUUGGGGGUAAAUUACAGCCUACACCUGAAAGUGACUUUAGCUGGAAGAUACCACCACAGACUUCAGUAGGUUUCUCAAACCCAGUAUGGACGACGCCUCCUCAGGACCCCUGGGAGCUGCAGUCAGUUGAGAUGUCUGUGGACCAGCCUAAGACUGAAUCUAGAAAACACGCCAACAAACACAGUCCAGAACAGCUCCUUCUCGAUCAUGGGGAACGCAUCCCAACUCGACAAAGGCCUUGGUCUGCUUUCCUGGAUGAGUCACCCCCUUUGGGCCCUUUUCCUGGUUCAGAGGUUAAACGUGUGAACUCCCCAGGUGGACUCCCCACCAUCACUCCUGCAGAGCAGAUCUGGUUGCCUAGAGAGCUACAGCCACAGAAGAUCAGGGGAGAAGCACAGGGCCAGAGGAGAUCACAGGGGUCCAAGGAGUUGAACAGGUUGCGGUCUCGGAGUGUGUCACGACGAUCGGCUCCUGCAGGUAGUGCCAUGGAUGGAAGCCUUUCCAGGAUGAGGAGUCGCAGCGCCCACAGAGAACAGGACCUGCAGAGCAGGGUACAGCAGAAGCAAAGUGUCAGUGGUGAAGAGGAGGGGAAGGGCUCAGAAACACCAGUCCGUGAGACUGACAGCCAGUAUGGGACCUGGGAGACGGGACUACGCACUGAUGAUAGUCUGACACCUGCGACUCCCAGCUCAGAAAGCAAUCUCAGUCCUUCACCGAAGAAGCCCACUCCAGCACACACACCAGGUGAUGUUGCUUCACCAUUUGAAAGCAACACUCUGGAUGGCCUCCCUCCCUCAUCCCCACCUGAGAGCCAGCCGCUCUCUUUCCCUGACGCUCCGACCACCCUGUUAGAUACCAGCGUGCUCCGCUCUAGAGCCCAGCUGGGGAAGAAACGAGCGCCGCGGACACGACCCACCAGGGCUACACGUCAGAGUGCUGCACAAGCAGAGGGGGAGGGAGGAACCACUGAGGACUGGCUCUACAGAGACUCCACAGAGGCAAAGGCUGAGAGUAAAGACGAUGACUCAGACUCUGAGGAGAAGCCCAGAGGAGCUGAUGCUGCACCGGCUGUUGCGUCGCAGCCACAGAGGGUCGCCCUGUUCCCUGGCAUGGACCCUUCAGCUUUAAAGGCACAGCUGAAGAAGAGGGGGGACUCUGACAAUCAAACUGAUGGACCUGCUCCCUCUCCCUCCCAGCUGUCUCGCUCUCCCAAAUCCCCUUUUCUCCCCAGGGCAGCGCGUGUGCUGCCCCCCUCUGGCGGGAAAGAAAAUGGCCAGGAGGAUUCACCCCAGUGGUUGAAAGAGCUGAAAUCCAAGAAACGCCUGAGUCAGUAUGAAAGUGAGAGCUAAGUAAAUAAUAAGGUUGCCUUAACAGAUGAAUCUGUGUGAAACAGAAGCCUUAACGUUUGACCCAGAGAGUAGGAGGAGGUUGAAUCUACAGCUGCUGAUGUUUUUGGUUUUUUUUAAAUUCCCCCACUUCUUCUCUUUUUUUUUUCUCUCUCUCCCUCUCUCUCUUCUCAUCUGGGUCGGUAAAUGUGCAUGGUGCCUUUUUUUGGGGGGAAGUCUCUGUCUGGAAAAAGGAAAAACAAGCAUGGAGGAAAAACAUCAGGCUUCUCUGCUUCGUCCAUUUCAUGCUUGAACCCAGGGGCUCCAAAACGAACUUCACACAAACACUUUAAAGAGGGACCAGGAGGAGUCGGGAAAACGGAGACACAGCACCUCCUUUUCCUGGACAAGCUUCAUCGCAUGCUGGAGGACAAUCCAGCCAGUCCUUUGCAUCAAGUUUCCUUUACUCAGUUAAUGUACAGGCUAGCCAUGUAUGUGUUAUCUGUAGAGGUUGCUGAUUGGAGUCACACAAACUUUGCCAUAGGAUGACAUUUCAGACACUAAUGAUUUCUGCGUAUUGAGAACAAACCUCCACGGUCUUGAUCGUCCAUGGGGGUGCUGCUCAUGUUAGUAUCUGUAAUCAGGAGAUGUUAUAUUUGUAUCCUCAUUGAUUUAACAAAGGUGGAGAACUCAUUUUGGAAAGGAUGUAUCACUACAGCAGAGCUGUUCACUUUGAUACAGUCACACAGCCUAACAGGGGUGCAGUUGCUGCAUACUGUGUAUAUAUUUUUUUGUGAUUUAUCUUUUUGUCAAUGUGUAAGAGGGAUGGGACAAACAGCUUUGUAUCUCUCAAUCAUGCACACUCCUAAUCAGCACAAACACACUCCUCAGUCUUUUAUAAAAACACUAAUCAGCCUGUCAUCCCCUUCCUUGGUAGAUUGUAGCUGCGAGCAUCUGAUUUAAGCCAUACUCACAUACUUCUCGAUCAUGUCCUGACAAUACUUUUUUAAAUUUCCCGGUAUGUGCAAUUUCCCUUUCAUUUUUGUCACUCAUUAUCCAUGCAUGUACAAUCUUUGCUGUCACAUCAGGCUUGGCUCUCGCUGACUGGUUCAGAGGACCUAGAUGUUGACUUACACUACUCCGGGGAAGGGGAUGGUUCAUUCACUACAAUGUAAACAUGUCCUGUAAUGCACCAAACUAAUGUGAACAUUUGAACCUCAUCUCUGUCUUCCUCUCCACAUUUGCCAUCUAACUACUUACUCCACGCUUCAGCAAAGCACUUUGUCACUUGACGCACUACAGCACGAACACCCACCCACCACCACCCCUUCCCCUCUGGUCUCAUCUUCUGUAUCGUCGGCCUGCUCGUGCAAUGCAAGUGAAUGUGUUGAUCGAGACUUCAGAGUGAUUGUCCCUGGUGUGUAUGUACAUGGAUGUUUUACUUUGACAUAAAAUUCAAGGGUUAAUUUUUAUGCCCCUUUUUUUUUUUUUUUUUUUUUUUUUUUUUUAAAUUCAAAAGGAAAGGUCUAUAUUGCACUGUGUUGUACUGGCCAGUGUCAUAAAGUGAAUAAAUUCUUAAUAAAAUAUACUUGACUUGC